AUGGUGUUGCAGAGAUUCUUCCUUGCCGGUAACCCGCAAGAACCGGCAGAAAUGCAUCAGAGGAAGUCCAGGGGCCAACAAGAGGAGAACUUUUCAGGAAACGUGUUCCAGGGAUUUGAGACCGAGGUUUUGGCGGAAUCCUUCAAAGUCGACUUGAAGACAGCCGCAAGACUACAGGGACAAGAUGAUAACAGGGGAUUCAUUGUGAGAGUAGGGAAAGAAUUCGAAAUGCAAAGACCAUCAAAGUACGAAGAGGAAAGAAGAGAGCAGAGCCAAAGAAGCAACGGAUUCGAGGAAACCGUUUGCACAAUGAGGAUCAGAGAAAAUCUCGAUGAUCCAGAGAGAGCAGAUGUGUACACCGCUCAGGGUGGUCGCAUCAGCACCGUCAACAGUCAUAAUCUCCCAAUUUUGAAGCAAAUCCAAUUGAGCGCCGAGAGAGGAGUCCUUUACGAGGUAAGCUUACAAAUAGCAACCUAG